AUUACAUCGGAUAAUUCCGAUUAAAGUUAUAUCCAGUACAUACCCCCCAGGGACCAUACACAAAUUUGUAGAUUGGGAGACCAAUCCACACCAUACAAAAAAAUGUCCCUCACAAACUACCCACCCCACCCCCUCACCACCUUCCCACCAACCGUCUUCCCCAACGUCGAACUCUGGAACAUAACUAACUCCCUCGGAAUCGAAUACCAAGUCCAAAUCUCCCGGCCCUUCGAGUGGACUUCCCGGGAUGUAAACGCCACAGCCCUAACAAUGUACAUCCAUCUCCAUCCCCAACUUUCCAAAACCCCAUCACACCGUAAGAAUACUAACAAAACAAAAUCCAGGUACGUCCUCGACGCCAACGCCCUCGGCUCCUCCGCAAGCGAAGCAGUCCACCGUCGCAAACCCGUAGAUUCAGACCAAACCGACAUAAUCGUCGUCUCCAUCGGCUACCCUCUCACAAGCAGUCCAUACAGCGACCUCCGCUACGCAGAUUACAUCCCGCCAACACUAAACGGUAGCACACCUCCUAUUUCCAACACAACCACAGGCGUCACAUCGCGGGCCGACGAAUUCCUGAACUUCGUAGAUGGAAAAGUCCGUCCAUUCGUGCAGAAGACUCUAUUUCCAAAUGUGCAAUUCACGCGCGAUGCGAUAUAUGGCCAUUCCGGGGGUGGGAUGCUAAUCCUCUUUGCUUUACUCACACACCCGUAUCUUUUCGAUACGUACCUAGCAUCGAGUCCCUUCCUCGCGUGGUACGACCGGUAUUUCCUUCUUCACGCUUUAUCAUACGCACAACUCGGCCACAACUCCUCACUCCACAAAAAGCGUAAUCUCACCAAGCCAGCAUUCGCACUCAGUUAUGGGGCUUUAGAGCAAUAUCCCAUUAAGCGACGAACGGAGACGUGGGAGCGGUACCAGUGGCGAAAAGACUUCUACGCGGAACUGGCGAUGCAGGAUAACUGUGAGGCGUUUUUUGAGUUGGUGGAUGGGGGGUGGGUGAGGGAUAAGCUGUUGAGGGUUUUUCCUCAUAGUGAUCAUGCGACGCUUGGGGGGGCGGGGUUUUCGGAUGGAAUUGAUUAUUUUGUGGAUUAGUGAGAGGGGGAUUGUGGUUAAGGGCAUG